UCUCUCUCUCUUUCUCCCCCACCCCUCUCUCUCUCUAAGGCUCAUUUUGGUUUUUCCACUGGAGGAACUUGAUCUUCCCUGUUUUCUUGCUCGUCUGUUUCUUUUUAUUUGUUUUCUCAUUUGGAAUUCUGGGUAGGGAUGAGUGUCCGUCUGUUUGAAGGGAAAGAGCAUGCUCUCUCCUACUGGAAAUACAGGAUCUCUCCAUCAGAAGAAAUCAUCAACAAGAUUUUAAACUUCCUGGAAAAACAUAGGAGUCGGCCCUUUGAGCUGGUGGUGGAUGUGGGCUGUGGGUCGGGGCAGGGCACUGUGCUGCUUGGCCCACACUUCUCCAAAGCAGUGGGGACCGACAUUAGUCCAGCUCAGCUGGAGAUGGCCAUUCAGCAUUCCACAGCUGAGAAUAUCACAUACAGAGAAUGCCCUGCUGAGCAACUUCCUUUUGAAAAUGCCGCGGUGGACCUUGUGACGAGCAUGUCAGCGUUUCACUGGUUUGAUCAUCCACGCUUCCUCAAAGAAGCAGACAGGAUACUGAAGCCUCAAGGAUGCCUUGCACUCCUAAAUUACACCAUUGUAGACAUGGAGCUUAGCUACGGAGACUGCACAGAUACUCUCAAUCAAAUCUGCAAGGAGCUAUCUGAUGCCCUCAUGCCAUACAGGAAUCCGUACCUGGGCACUAACUCACUGGAUCUUUACAAGAAAGCCUAUGACAUGCUUGAAUACCCUGACAAGGAAUGGCAUGAACCUCUUUGGGUGAGAAAGACUGUUCCUCUGUCCAACUAUAUUGGACUGGUAGAAUCCUUCUCUCCCUACCAGGCUAUUUUACGUGAAGACCCAGAGAAGGCCAGAAGACUUUCCCAGGACACAACUGAGAGGUUGCUGAAGGCGAUGGGGGUGACGUCUCCAGACACAGAAGUUGUCAUGUCCAUCAGGUAUUACUGUCUGCUGGCCCGCAAACCUUAGUCGGCAGAGUUCACCCAAGACCUAACAUCUUAACAGUUGGGCUUUUGUUUCAACACUCCUGAGAGGGCGAUGGGACCCCGUUUGUUUGUGAGCAUAUGGAACUUUCACUGUUAGCCUACCUUUUUUCCAUUUUAUUUUUCUGUCAACAUCAAUCCACAAAAAAUGGAUUUGCACUGGAAGUUAUGUUUUCACAGCAAACUAUACCGUUCUCUUUCAAAUGGCCUACUUGUCACCAAUAAAUCUGAAUUUCCAUUUGA